CACUAGCAGCGCCAAGCGCGUUUGGCGGGACGGCGAUUAGACGGUGGCGUCCGUGGUCUGUGAGUCUAUCUUGUAGUAGUGAACAGUGAAAGAUCCCGUCGAACAAUGGCUGGUGGUAAAGCGGGCAAGGACUCUGGGAAAGCGAAGGCAAAGGCCGUCUCCCGUUCGGCACGGGCUGGCUUGCAGUUUCCCGUCGGAAGGAUCCACAGGCACUUGAAAAACAGAACGACGAGCCAUGGACGUGUCGGUGCUACGGCCGCGGUCUACAGCGCGGCUAUUCUCGAGUACCUGACGGCUGAGGUAUUGGAGCUGGCGGGAAAUGCAUCUAAAGAUUUGAAGGUGAAACGUAUUACCCCAAGACAUCUACAGCUCGCCAUUCGUGGUGACGAAGAGUUGGACAGUCUCAUUAAGGCAACUAUUGCAGGAGGAGGUGUCAUUCCACAUAUCCACAAAUCGCUUAUCGGCAAGAAGGGAUCACAAAAACCAGCAUAAAUUAGUAACUAGCUUACACGUUUGAAAAGAUAAAAAGAUAAACACAUAAAAA